CUAUUAGGUGACAUGAAUUUGGUCUUCACACACUGACCUCGGAUCAGUUUCACAAAAGAACGACACAGGAAGAACAUUCACAUGGUGACAUUUAUCACAUAUUAGCACCAUUAGCCAGUUUUUAAAACUAGAUAAGAGAGAUACAUUGAUAAUUAUACGAUUCAAGGCAUGGAUACAGAAAGAGUGGAGGCAGAUGAGAGUAUCUAUGUGAAUACAAAUGAUUUCAAAACAGAAACGAACAUAUAUCAACCACCGCAGCAUACAGAAAGUAAGACUGUGAAGAACAGAUGUUGCAGAAAAGUUACAGUGUGUUUGGUGCUGCUGUGUGUUCUUCUACUGACUGCAGUCAUAGUGCUGUGUGUCCUGAUCUAUACAAACAAUCAACAGUGUCACAAUGAUAUUAAAAAACUAAGUAAACAGGAGAAAGACGCACUGUGGAGGGAUUUUAAUGAUGGAUGGAUUUACUUUCAAUCGAGUUUGUACAUUUCAUCUGAGAAGAAGAACUGGACUGAGAGCAGAAGAUAUUGUAGAGAGAGAGGCGCAGAUCUGAUCAUCAUUAACAACAAAGAGGAACAAAAUUUUAUUAGCAAUAUGUCUGGUGUGGUCUGGAUUGGUUUGUCUGACAGUGAUGAGGAGGGCAAAUGGAAAUGGGUUGAUAACACCACACUGAACUCUGGCUUCUGGAAGGCUGGGGAGCCCAGUAACCUUACAACAGAGAACUGUGUUGUAAAUCAGCUAUCAUUGUGGUCUGAUUAUAAAUGUAAUGGACAGUUUAAAGGUAUUUGUGAGAAAGAUGCCUAUGGAUGGAUUUACUAUCAGUUCAGUUUGUACUUCAUUUCAUCUGAGAAGAAGAGCUGGAGUAACAGCAGAAGAUACUGUAGAGAUAGAGGAGCAGAUCUGAUCAUCAUUAACAACAGACAGGAACAAGAUUUUGUUCAGAAAAUUUCUGGUACAGACAGCAUCUGGAUUGGUUUGACUGACAGUGAUAAGGAGGGCAGAUGGAAAUGGGUUGAUGGCAGCACACUGACCACUGGCUUCUGGUUGCCUGGAGAACCCAAUGGUGGAAGAAGAGAGAACUGUGCUGAGUCUUAUCCAUUAAAGUGGAAUGAUUUGUCAUGUAAUGACGCUCGAAAAUGGAUCUGUAAGAAAAACAUUUUAAAAUAAGCUGUUGAAGGAAUAGUUCACCGUCAUCAUUUUCUCCCUCUCAUGUUGUUACAAACUUGUGUAAAUGUCUUUGUUCUGAUGAACACGAAUUAAGGUAUUUUCAGGCAUGUUUGUAACCAAACCGAUAAUGAUCCCCAUUCACUUCCAAAGUAGGAAAAAAAUACUAUGGAAGUGAAUGGGGCUCAUGAUCGAUUUGAUCAUGAGAAGCAUGUUUCUUUAAAUGAGAAGCAUGUUAAUUAACUAAUCCUGAACACCAUGGGCAGUUUGCACCAGCUGGACGUAAACCCAGUUAUGAGAAAGCUGGACAUAAAAUUUGUUUUAAGUCCUAAACAGAAAUAUAUGUAUACUUGUGUUUCCCCUGUCCAUGUCUCUUAUUUUGAAGUUCUGUUGUCCAUUUUUGUAGUUCGGUGUAGUUCUUUUGUUCAUUGGUCCUCCAGAUGUGUCUUGUUUCCUUG